AAACAAACAAAAUGUUUCUCGGAUAACACUAGCAAGUUAUUAUUCAUUAUUAUUCAAAAAAGCACGAAAAUGUGUGCGACGAAACUCUUGUGCUUCCUUCUCACUCUUCACUUUGCACAGAGCAACGUGCACAAUUGUUAUAUAAAAAGUAAACCCGAAUACGCAAUAACAAAACACGAAUUUAUAAAGUCCCACACCGACAAUUUUCAAGAAUUUCUUUGCAACCUGGGUUACGACAUCUGUUGUCCAGAAGGCUGCUGCACCUCUUCACAAAGUAAAUUUUACCCUUAUCUGUGGGAGAUUCUUAUCACCGCGUUACUAAUUUUUGUGUUUGUUCUUGUAUGCGUCUGCGGGUGUUACUAUUGCAAGAAUAAUUUUGAUAAGACUUCGACAAGUGUUGAACCUUCUUCGGUUGAUGUGUCUGUUAAUGAAUUUACUCCAAGUGCCCCAGUUGCUAAUAACAGAACACCACCCCCUGCGUAUGAUAUUGCUAUUCUUCUACCCCCUGUUCACCCUCAGGACAGGGUUCCGUCGUACGAAGAAGUGACAACAAAACGAUUUUAAAUUAAUUAGAGUGACUGUAAUUGUGUUGCGUAUUUGUUUAAAAUUAAUUGCUCUUGAUUGCACAUUUUAUUUAAGAAUUAUAUUACUAUGUUUUUUGUAUAUAAAGAUUAGUAAAACUGUGGAA